UACGAAUCGCAAAAGUAGACGUAAUUUGGCAUGCAAAUUAUUAAACUUGUGGAGUAGUAACGUUACAGGUGUUGGAUGUUUUGAAAAGUGCAGAGAAGGUCUCAGUAAUUAAUAUAUUGUCACGUGUAGCAGAUUUUUAAAACCGUGUUAGCCUUGUUUUUGUAGUAAUUUAUUUUGGAGUUUAUUGUUUUUGUUUUUUCAACACUGGUCUGCCACAGUCAACUUUUCAACUAUUCAGUCUACGAGUACGAGUUGAACUUGAAGAAUGGCAUUAAUGUCUGGACACGAAGGGAAUAAAGAGAAACGCAAAAAUUCUGAGAAACGAAAAGAGAAGUCUCGUGAUGCAGCUCGCUCUCGUAGAAAUAAAGAAACAGAAAUCUUUUGUCAGCUUGCAAGCCAGCUGCCUGUUACUUUUUCUCAACUGGAUAAAGCUUCUCUCAUGCGUCUAACAAUCAGUUACUUGAAAAUCAGACAACUACUUAACCCUAUGACAGAAAUUCAGAAAAGUCUACUAUCCAGCCCUAGUAAGUGGGAUUCCGCUUUCCUGAAGGCAUUGGAAGGAUUCUUGCUAGUGUUAUCAGAAGAAGGAGAUUUUGUGUUUUUGUCAGAAAAUGUCCAUCAUUACCUAGGCCUUACUCAGAUUGACCUCCUGGGGAACAAUGUUUAUGACUUCAGCCACCCCUGUGAUCAUGAAGAAAUCAAACAAAUUUUGUCUUUUAAAAGCAAUGAGAAUUCAAAGCUUCCGAUUCCUCGGGCAUUUUUCUUUAGAAUGAAAUGCACUUUAACUAACAAGGGAAGAAAUGUCAAUGUCAGAUCUGCUUCUUAUAAGGUUAUCCACUGUUCUGGAUACAUAAUCAACAAUAGCCCUCUUGUGAAAGUUGAAAAAGAAUCCUCUGAGGAUGUCAUCCCUUCAACGAGUUUCUUCAUUGCGCUUGGUGAACCAAUUCCACAUCCUUCUAACAUUGAAGUUCCGCUUGAUAAACAGACCUUUCUGAGUCGACACUCUCUUGACAUGAAAUUUACAUAUGUAGAUGAAAGGAUUCAAGAAUUACUUGAGUAUAAACCAGAAGAGCUAUUGGGAAAGUCAGUGUAUCAAUACCACCAUGCUCUCGACACUCGAUUAGUGAAGAAGAAUUACAAAAUUUUAUUUUCAAAAGGACAGUGUGAAACCGGACCUUAUCGCUUCCUGGCUAAACAUGGAGGGUUUGUAUGGAUUCUAACACAAGGAACUGUCAUUUUUGAAGGCAAUUCAUCAAAGCCACAGUGUGUUGUGUGUGUCAACUAUGUUCUUAGUGGGAUAGAAAAUUCAGGUGAAGUGGUGUCAGAAGAACAAGUGAGCAAGCAGCAAGAAACUCUACCAGAAGCACCUCCUUUGAAAACCUCUACAGAUAAGCUUUUUUGUGUACGCACUGAAGAUAUGACAAAAGGCUUCCUAAUGUUUUCAGAUGAAAACACUGGUUUGACAGAGUGCCAGGAUGAGCCUGAAGACCUGACACAUCUGGCACCAAAAGUGGCAGAUUUAUGCAUUCCUCUUGAAUGCAGUCCUUACUCGUCAGAUAUAUUUGGUGAUGUCUUAAUUGUUGGAGACAACAAGUUUCUACCGGAAGAGAAUUUAGCAUCUGAAGAAUCCUCCUCUUUAAGUGGUCGUAGCAGUCCCCUUAACUGUGAUCCAUUUCUCAAAUGCAAGGAAGCUUCUUUGUGUUCUCCAUUUUCUACAGACAAUGAAAGUUCUUCUCUUAGCAAGGAUGAAAACUUAGUGGAAAGAGCUCCAUUUAUCCCCAUGUCUAAUGGAGAUGAUUGUCCACUUCUGAGUCCCCCUGAUACUGUAAUGUGGGGUCCUCAAGAAUACCCCCGUAGGAGGUCUUUGAGUCAUAGCCCUUCUCGUCCUGUUAUUGACUUGGAAGAAUCUUCAUCCUCCUCAGGGCUCUCCCCAACCUCUAGUAGAUCAUCCUUAUCUCCGGUGCUGCAGUCCUCCAACUUUAAACAGUAUUCUCGAAGUCGUAGAGAUAGGUCAACGUUACAAGUGGAUCGGAAACAUGCUAAUAUACGAGCUUUGACAAGUCGUAGCCUGUCACCAACUCUUACUGAUCACGGAGGAGGGACGAAACGUGUUGCAUUGACUGUUCACAAACGUAUGACUAACGGUGGUAAAGUUAUUGUGCUAGAAAAUAUGGCUAAACCUCGAGUAAUAGCCAACAAAAGCAAAAGUGCUUAUGUUAGCAGUAGUGGUGAGCAGUUGACUCUGUUAGAGCAUGUUUCUAAGCCUUGGGUGGUAGCCAGCAAAUGCAAAAGUCUAAGUUUUGGUGGAAAGGGAAAACAGUUGACUGUGCCCAAAGUUUGUGUUACUUUAGCUAAUGGGUUACCUGUUUCAGAAGAGCCCAAAGAGCAAAUUAUUGUACCAAAGGAUGUUUGCUUUAAAAGAACUGGUGAUACCGAUCAAACACCCGUGAUCAAUGAGAAGAAAAUGAGACUUGAAAAUGGACAAGAAAUAACAGGUGAAGGUCACAUUACUCAUGCUAGUGUACUUCUUAACUUGUUGGUGAAUGGAGAAGAUGCCAGCCAUGGAUAUAUGUGUGUUAAUACUAAAACUGAUAGCAAGUCCUCUCCACAUUCUCCUCAGAUGUCACAGUGUGGAGGUCAACCAUUUCUCCAUACUUCUCUUUCAGCACUUCUUGACCCAGAAGGCUCAGCCAUUCCAUCCUUGGCUGACAUUACCCAUCAUGAUGCAGAAGUUAAUGCUCCCAUUCAAUCAGCCAGUUUACUGCACGGAGAAGAACUGUUGCAUGCACUAGAUCAGACUGUGAAGGAUGUGGCUUCUCUGGUAUAGCCCACACUAUCCUGAGAAAGAUGAUAUUACACUUCUCUAUUCACCCGUUAAUAUCUGCUGCCCAAAAAAAUGCCUUUUUUUUGACGCUCAGUGUUGAUAUGUCAUCAGAUUUUUUGCUGUUCUUUAUAAGGGUUACUGAACUACUCUCUGCAUCUUUUGUAGGCUUUUAUUUUUUGUGUCAGUUGGCAGAACAUUUUUAGGAUAUUGAAAUGCAUUAAGCUAUAUUAUAAAGAUGAAUUUGUUUGCAAAAAAAACUUAUUAUAAGAAAUGUGAAAGAAUAUGCCUUAUUGUUGCAAAUUAGGAUCAACAAUAUUUUGAUUUUAGUUAGGCUAAAGAAACGAAAAUAUUUGGUUGAGCAUGUAUUUACUGAAAUAACUAAGAAAUUUUAGAUUUAAAUAUUAUAAGAAUACUCACUUGAAUUCAGUAAUUUUAAGGUCUGGAAUAUUUUUCUAGAAAAUGUUUUAAUAUUUCUUACCUUCAGUUUCUGUAAACCUUAUCAAUGUGCUAGAGUAAUCUUUAAAAUUUAAGAAAUCUGUGGAAAGUGAGUUGUAUAAUUUGAUAAGAUUCAUGCUGAUUUGGAACUAGUUUACAGCAACUAUAUAAUGAACUUUCUAAAUUUUGUUUUCAAUAUAUUUUUGCUCAAGAAUGUUAUCUUGACCAGUGAAAAAAAAAAGAACAUGGCCACGUAAAUUGUAUAUUUAAGUGGGACCAUUAAGCUAACGAAUAAUUAAUACAUCUAGAAGAUUAAUUAUAAAAAAAGAUAAUAUUAGAAUUCCAGCACACAAGUGAUUACAUACAAUAUUUGUUGCUUUACAAACUUUAUCCCUGACUUAACAGACAGAAUCAGUUAAGUAUCUCUAAACAUCUGCAGCUUCUGUUCAGGAAAUAAAUGUUUGGUGGUUUUAGGUUAUUUCAAAAAUUAGAAUUUGAAGACAAAGCGAUAUGUAAAGUUUAAUUGAUCACCAGAUAAAAAACACCUUUUUUUUUAAUGAAAUUUAGUCGUUAAAUUGUCCAUAGUAUCCAGGUUAACAAAGAUCUAUAGAUUGGGUGAACCGUACUUUCUUAGCUUUUAUUAAACGAGAGAAUAGUCUACAUUAUGAUAAAUCUAUCAGUUUCAAGUGUCCUGGACACCAAACACAGACUAUUAUACUAACAUGGUUUAGCGUGUUAUUUUGUAACUCCAUAACAUAGUUUGUUUUUGUUGUUUCUUUUCAGAAUGACAUAGUUUUGACAUAGCUUCCUUAGAUACGUUGUCUAUAAUGGUGAAGUAUGAUUUUAUAGUGUUGUGAUAAUUUUCAUAAUAUUUAUUUAGUUCUUGUCUAUUUUCUUGAUGGCCCUGUUACACAUAAUUCUCCCAUAUAUUCUGCUUAUAGUUUUCACAUAUCAUUCCUUUAUAGCUUUUGUUUCUGCUUGAUAACAUUAAUACUAGGUACAUGUUAAGUUUAUGGAAUAGUUGAUGAAGAGAAACAAAAUGAAAAAUUUUUUUUUCUUUAAUUACUAUACUGAAAAGUAGUAAUGUGUUUGUACAAAUAAAAUUUAAGGUUCAUUUCAGUAUUACAUGUAUAAGUCUUUUUGUAAAAAACAUCUUUAAAUCAUUUAUUAUUGUAUGAUAAAGAUCUUGGCUUUGAGACUUUGGUGGGGCACUUUUGUACAGUCUGAUAUUAAUGUUUCAUCACUUUCUGUCAAAAUACUGUACAUAUGAAAAGAUGAAAGAAAUACUGAAGAUUAAAUAAAUAAGAAUUAUUUUUUAAGAUUUUAUUUCACACUAUUUAGAAUAAUAGGAUCCACAAUGGGGUUGGUAUUUCAUUCUUUCGAUCAGCUAAAUUUCAACUUUAUCAGAUACAUCUGGAACAUUUCUCUGUACGUGUAUAGAAGAUGCAUGAAAAUUAAAACAUUUUAAUUAUUUUUUCAGACUUUUUUUUGCUAUAAAUUCAUCUUCACCUGUUACUUUUGGUUAUAAAUAACACUUCAUACCUUAAAAUAUAUCUUGAAUAAUAGUAGUAGCCCCCUACAUUCUUUAUAGUAAACUUUAUUUGAGCUGUUUAUAAAGUGAAUUAGAUAGUUAGUUGGAUUUUUAUUUAUUGUUUAUUGUUUUCAGAUAAUGAUGUAACAAAAAGUUGAAAAAACCAGAUUUUUUUAUAACUUGAUUCAGAAGCAGAGAAAUUGGCUUUUGAGUAGUUUAGAAGUUGAAUAUUUAUAAGAAAGAAGACAUUGGGUGAGACUUCUGGUUUAUAAGUUCCUCAGAAAGUUUAAGACGAUAGAUAUGGUAUGAUCUUCAUUAUGGAAAGGUUGUUCAUUGAACCUAGAGAAACAGUUUAUCCAAAGUUAGCCUUUUUUUUUUUUUACAGGUAUCAUUUUAAAAAAAUAAUAGAUAAAUUUUCCAUACUGUGUUGAUAAAGUGGAAUAAAAUACACAUUUUUUUGUUGUUGUUUUUUUAAAGAUAGAGCAAAAUCAAGUAAAGAAAGGUGAAAAACUUGUGUAUAUUUUUUCUUCUCAACAGCAAAGGCAUUUGUGGUUUUUCAUUCAAGGAAAGAAGCUAAAAUUUAUGACAAUUUCUUCUUACUGCACAAGAUUUAGUAUGCAGUUUGAAAGUUUUUACCUGGAGAAUGGCAACGAAGAAGUUUUCGUUUGGAGCUAGAAAAUAGUAAAACAGUUAAUAAUACAAUUUUAUAAUCUACCAUCAGGAAUGGUAAUAAUUGUUAAAGCAUUACCCCAGAUUAGCCAUGAGGAAGUAGUAUAGAAUAAUUAAUCUUUUAAGUACUUGUUUUUAGGAAGUUCUCAUUAAGAAGUGCUAGUUAUUUGGUCUGAGUAAAGUUAUAGUGAAGAAAUGAAAUCAUUGUGCUGAAAGUGUGGGCUUUCAGAAACUACAUUCUAAUUGUUACAGAAUGUUAAUUAUAGAUCACAGUUCUAUAUAAGAGGCUUCAGAUACAAGCUAAGCUUGUUUUUAAACUACUGAGCUCUUUUGAUAAAUGCAUCUUAUGCAAUUCUGUUACUGAUGCAAUGUUUUUCUUUUAAUGCUACUAAUAAGCUAUUGACCUAAACUUGUGUUUUAUGAACAUUUCAGGCUAACAAAUCUUGUGUUCUUAUUAGUUCUGAAACACAAUAUUUUACUAAUAUUAUAGAGAAAGACAUAUGUAUCCAUAUCAAGCUAAAAGUUUUUAUAAAUGAUUUUAAUGUCUCAAAUGAGAUCAUGUUAAAUGUAAAAAAAGGGGUGUGUUACGAAGAUAAGGGUGUUCCUAACCAGUUAUUUGUUAUGCGUGUAGGUUUUGUUGGCUUUCGUUGUUUUAGAUUUAUUUUUACAUUUGUGUCGCAUCACACAGUUAAGUUCAAAGGAAAAAACUUUAGAUGUUUUUCACAGAGGUUAAAUUUUUAAAGAGGUUCAUUAAUAAAGGAUGCUGCAGAUGGUCAUAUGUAUUUCACUGCCAAUUUAAUCUAUGUAAAACUCGUAAUGUUUGCAUCCAGUAAGUUUUGUUAUGUGAUGUGUUCAGAUCAUCCACAUUGAGGGUACUGUUAUCCUUUUUUUGGCUAACCUUAUCUUUGCCAGAUAGUGAAGUAAUGUAGUCCCAGUAUAUUUUAGUAUCAAAUAAACAUUUAACCAAAUAAAUUGGGUUUCACUCUUUUAAAACAUUACUUUUAUUAAUAGCAGAAGCUGAAAAAAUACACUGGUCAUAGAGCAUGGACAAUAUAUUUUUUUACAUCAUGAAUAUAGGUUAUAAAGAAUACUGAAAUAUGUAAAAAGCUGCCUAAUAGAAGUAACAUCAGCCACAAAAAGUAUAUAUAAAACGGACAUUAAAGAAAAACAACCUUGGAAAUUUAUGAACAUGUGUAUCUAAAUGAAAUAAAUAAUACUUGUUUAUAAAUAUGA